AUGCGUGGAAAGCAGCUCAUUGCCUACCUUCCUGGUCCAUCCACCCUCAAGCUGGUGUACUCGCGUAUCACUUCUUCGAAGCUUACACUCGCAUUCUUCUUGGUGUCGGUCCUUCACUUCAUUUUUCAAAUCUCCUUUCAAGGCUGGGCUUUUUCUAUCAAUGCAUCCGCCAGCACAUUUCUUUCAAGCAUUCUAACUGCUGGUGGACUCCAACCGCACGACAAUUUUGCGGUGCUCAUCCCUGGUGGCGAACUCCGCCUCUGCUCAAGGCAGGAUCUCGUCUCACACAAGAACAUUUAUCAAUGCGAGGCCGUUUGGAAGGGACGGACUGUCAUCACUAAUGGAACAUUGGACUAUGACGAGCUGCUCUCGACAGAUCCCGUCACGUCUGUGUCCGCCAUUCCCGCCUCGCGUGUUGAUGGAUCGACCACGAGGUCUUCAUCGACUACCUCUUCAAUCACCACACUCCCAACACUCGUCGUCACAAAGACUCCUGGCUUAGUGCAGCCCACCAGGUCUGCUGCUCCCAUUGCCGACGAACCCAAGAGGGAGGAUGAAGAGGAUGAUGAGGACGAUGACGAUGACGAUGACGAUGAGGAGAGAGAAGACAAGGUGAAGCUUUCAAAACGUCACGAACUUGCCAAUGUGCCGCGCGUGAACAUCUGGCGUCGCAAUUCGAUUCCCAUCGUCCCUAUUACCAAUGCCAAUGCGCAAAACGUCGUUGGUACCGCUUCUACCUCCGCUGUCAGUCUUCCUACUAUGAGGAAUUCCACUACGCAAACCCUUGGAGUCGUGCUCAGCAAGCAAUGUGUUCAAAUGAUCCUCUGGCCAAAUCAGAUCAUCCACAACACCAAACGAGAGGAUGUCACGUUUAUGGCAUUUCAAUUCUGGGUCCUUGGAAUGUCCAUUGUCGCCAUUCUCAACGAGUCGAUCCCGCAUAUCGGAGCAUCCUUAUUCACGCACAUUCUCGCAACGAUCUGGUCUGCCUAUCAGAUGUACAACACCGCGUCAUUCCAGGAAGAGUUUGUUCGCUCGACUAUUCGAAGCGGUCUGUGCACUGGUGCCAACUUGCUCCCUGGAUACUGGAAGGAACGAAGAGCUGCGGAGAUUGCUGUACUCGUUGUCAACUGCGUCUCGCUCUUGGUGUUUGCAUUCCUGAGCUGGCGCCUGAUCAAGACAUUUGGAUGGCAGACAUUCAAGCGCAUCGGUGCUUCUUGUCUCGUGAACCGAGUUUACAAGAUUGUCCUCACGUUCUCUAUUGGACUCCAGCUGACGUUCUUCUUCCUCAUUGCAUCCAUGGGUAUCUGGAUGGAUCUACUCUGCAAUACCGUCCUUGGAUCAUAUGCCGACUUGAUGUCGCUGUACCAGGCAUUUUCCAUCCUGGCAUGCAUCAUAAUGGUGCCUUGGCUCUGGCUUGGAUGGACCGCCGUUCGCCAUGAAACUGAACGAUGGAUGACAACAUUCUUGGUCGUUUGUUUGCUGCUCGUCGCUGGUUGGGCUGCCCUCUUUGGCUCUCAAACCUUUAGGUGGCAGUUCAACGAGUGGAGGUUCUUUUCCACCAUUAUCGUCAUUGCCGGUAUGCUUCUCAUGAUCACCACCCUUCUUGGUGUCGUUUGCUUCUACAACUUUGGCAAAGGUCUCAAGACGUUCUUGCUCGAAGCGGAAAAUGACUCCUUUGAUCCUAGCAACUUUACCAAUAUCACUUCGAGGGACGUCGAAAAGCAAGAAGUUGUUGGUUUCCCAGUCUCCGGUCCGAUCCCAACCUACGCAGUGGCCUUUGGACACAAGUCGAACACCAAGCAGGACGAUUCGGAUUCAGCACGCUCGUCCUGGUACUCUGGUGGCGUUGGCUCACCUCUCCAUGAUCCCACAUUCCUCGAACCCGUUCCACCCGGCUAUUACAGCCAAGCCUCGAGCGCUAUUCCUCCGCGUUUCCGAUCCCAGAAUGGCAGCAUCGCAGAUUAUCCGCCGACGCCAGAGGCACCGAUGACCGAGUUGCGCCAAGGUUCAGACGUCGCACGCUCGGAUUCGACCGCCUCGUCCGAGUCUGGAAGCCAGCCAUUCUCGCUUGACAUUCAGAGGAGCAACUCGAAUGGCACGUCGUUUAGUGGACGUACCGGGACGAGCAACGGUUCCAAUAAGCUGUACGUUGCACCUGGAAGCCAUCACGUCCCGAAGAUGGAUAUUACCGCCAAACAUGUUCGAGACGAUAGCCAUGCGUCGUCGAAGAAGGGUUGGGUGAUUGAGUAA